CGAAAGGCACGGGGCGCCUCUCUUUCCUACGUCUGACUCGGUUCUCGACUGCUCCGGGCCGCCGUUGUAUUGUGGGAUCGCUGCGCCGUGCCUGAGACGCUCGGAUCCGCAGGGGCGCCCACUUGCUAGCGCCUCCUGUCGUCUGUAAGGUUGCCCUGCCAUUCCUCGGCACCCCAACUCCCCCCACCCCCCUAUCGCCUCCUCCUCCAUCCUCCAGUUCAAAAUGGCGGCGGCGGCGGCAGCGGCGGUGGCUAUGGCUCCUCCGGGCUGCCCGGGUUCUUGCCCCAACUUCGCCGUAGUCUGCUCCUUCUUGGAGCGCUACGGGCCGCUGCUCGACCUGCCUGAGUUGCCGUUCCCCGAGCUGGAGCGGGUGCUGCAAGCUCCGCCGCCGGACGUCGGCAACGGAGAAGUACCUAAAGAAUUGGUGGAGCUCCAUUUGAAGUUGAUGAGGAAGAUUGGCAAAUCUGUUACAGCCGAUAGAUGGGAAAAAUAUUUGAUCAAGAUAUGUCAAGAGUUUAACAGCACGUGGGCAUGGGAGAUGGAGAAGAAAGGCUAUCUUGAAAUGAGUGUUGAAUGCAAGUUAGCACUCUUAAAGUACCUCUGUGAGUGUCAGUUUGAUGACAAUCUCAAAUUCAAGAAUAUUAUCAAUGAGGAGGAUGCCGAUACCAUGCGUCUCCAGCCAAUUGGCCGUGACAAAGAUGGCCUCAUGUACUGGUACCAGUUGGAUCAAGAUCACAAUGUCAGAAUGUAUAUAGAAGAACAAGAUGAUCAAGAUGGCUCUUCAUGGAAAUGCAUCGUCAGAAAUCGAAACGAGUUGGCUGAGACUCUUGCGCUCCUGAAAGCACAAAUUGAUCCUGUACUAUUGAAAAACUCUAGCCAACAGGACAACUCUUCCCGGGAAAGUCCCAGCUUAGAGGAUGAGGAGACUAAAAAGGAGGAAGAAACACCUAAACAAGAGGAACGGAAGGAAAGUGAAAAGAUGAAAAGUGAAGAGCAGCCAAUAGAUUCAGAAAACUGUUCUACACCCAAUGCUCUAGAAGAGACUACUGUGAAAAUAGAAAAAGAAGAUGAAAAGGAACUUGUAAAACUGCCAGUCAUAGUGAAGCUAGAAAAACCUUUGCCAGAAAGCGAAGAAAAAAAGAUUAUCAAAGAAGAAAGUGAUUCCUUCAAGGAAAAUGUCAAACCCGUAAAAGUCGAAGUGAAGGAAUGUAGAGCAGAUCCUAGAGAUAUCAAAGGUAGCAUGGAGAAGCUAGAGCCUGAGAGGAUAGAUUUUGCUGGCAAUGUUAAAUCUUCUCAAGAAAUCACUGAGAAGUCUACUGAAGAAACCGAGAAACUUAAAAAUGACCAGCAGGCCAAGAUACCACUAAAAAAACGAGAAAUUAAACUGAGUGAUGAUUUUGACAGUCCAAUCAAAGGACCUUUGUGUAAAUCAGUUACUCCAACAAAAGAGUUUUUGAAAGAUGAAAUAAAACAAGAGGAAGAGACUUGUAAAAGGAUCUCUACAAUCACUACUUUUGGUCAUGAAGGGAAACAGCUGGUAAAUGGAGAAGUUAGUGAUGAAAGGGUAACUCCAAAUUUUAAGACAGAACAGAUGGAGAUGAAGUUUUAUGAUACAAAGGAAGAUAGCUGUAGCCCCUCUAAGGACAGAAGUGUCAUCAUGGAGGGAAAUGGAGCAGAGUCUUUAAAUUCUGUCAUAACGAGUAUGAAAAUAGGUGAUCUUGAGAAAGAAGUGGUCACUUUAGGGAAAGAUGCAGAUAGUUCAAUAUCAGCCUUAGAGACACAGAGUCACAAAGGGCACAUAGAGGAAACUGGUCCUCCAGAAAUGGAAACCUCUCUUGAGACUUCUGAAAUAGCAAAGGAUCUCUCUUUAAAAACUGCUUUAUCUACUGCUGAAUCCUGUAGCAUGAGAGUUGAAGAGAGGUCUCCCAAAAGUAAGAAGGAUAAGCGCACACCAGUCCUAGAAUGUCUUGAAAAGUUAGAGAAGUCCAAAAAGACUUUUCUUGAUAAAGACACACAAAGAUUGAGUCCGAUACCAGAGGAGGUUCCAAAGAGUACUGUAGAAUCAGUAAACGCAGGGUCUCCCGAGACAGCUGAAACUUCUCCAUCAUCUAACGUGACUGUCCACCGUGAGAAACUAGCCUCAGAAAAAGAAGUGGUAGAGUGUCAGAAUACCAGUUCCACUGAAGGUCAGUCCUUGGAGAAAAUAGACCCAGAAAUUUUAAAAGUGGAUUCUGAAUCCACAAAGGUAGAAGUGGAUGAUCUGGACAAUGCCCAGACCUCUGGCACAGGUGAUCCUUCUGAGACAAAGGGUUCUAUGCAAAAAAGCAAAUUUAAAUAUAAGUUGAUUCCUGAAGAAGAAACCACUGCCUCAGAAAACACAGAAAUAACCUCUGAAAGGCAGAAAGAGGGCAUCAAAUUAACAAUUAGGAUAUCCAGUAGGAAGAAGAAGCCAGAUUCUCCUCCCAAAAUUCUAGAGCCAGAAACCAAGCAAGAGAAGACAGAAAAGGAAGAAGAGAAAACAAAUGUGGGUCGUACUUUAAGGCGGUCUCCAAGAAUAUCUAGACCCACAGCAAAAGUAGCUGAGAUCAGAGAUCAGAAAGCUGAUAAAAAAAGAGGGGAAGGAGAAGAUGAAGUGGAAGAAGAGUCAGCAGCUUUGCAAAAAACUGAGAAAAAAGAAAGUUUGAAAAAAACAGAGAAGGAUACAAAUUCUAAAGUAACCAAGGUAAAACCCAAAGGCAAAGUUCGAUGGACUGGUUCUCGAACACGUGGCAGGUGGAAAUAUUCCAGCAAUGAUGAAAGUGAAGGGUCUGACAGUGAAAAAUUAUCUGCAGCUUCGGAAGAGGAGGAAGAAAAGGAAAGUGAAGACGCCAUCCUAGCAGAUGAUGAUGAACCAUGCAAAAAAUGUGGCCUUCCAAACCAUCCUGAACUAAUUCUCCUGUGCGACUCUUGUGACAGUGGAUACCACACUGCCUGCCUUCGCCCUCCUCUCAUGAUCAUCCCAGAUGGAGAAUGGUUCUGCCCCCCUUGCCAACAUAAACUACUGUGUGAAAAAUUAGAGGAACAAUUGCAGGAUUUGGAUGUUGCCUUAAAGAAGAAGGAGCGUGCUGAACGCAGGAAAGAACGCUUGGUGUAUGUGGGUAUCAGUAUUGAAAACAUCAUUCCUCCACAAGAGCCAGAUUUUUCUGAAGAUCAUGAAGAAAAGAAAAAAGAUUCCAAAAAAUCCAAAGCAAACUUGCUUGAAAGGAGGUCAACAAGAACACGGAAAUGUAUAAGUUAUAGAUUUGAUGAGUUUGACGAAGCAAUUGAUGAAGCUAUAGAAGAUGAUAUCAAAGAGGCUGAUGGAGGAGGAGUUGGCCGAGGAAAAGAUAUCUCCACUAUCACAGGCCACCGUGGAAAAGAUAUCUCUACUAUUUUGGAUGAAGAAAGAAAAGAAAAUAAACGACCCCAGAGGGCAGCUGCUGCUCGCCGGAAGAAACGCCGGCGACUAAAUGAUCUGGACAGCGACAGCAACCUGGAUGAAGAAGAGAGCGAGGAUGAAUUCAAGAUCAGUGAUGGAUCUCAAGAUGAGUUUGUUGUAUCUGAUGAGAACCCAGAUGAAAGUGAAGAAGACCCACCAUCUAAUGAUGACAGCGACACUGAUUUCUGUAGCCGAAGACUAAGGCGACAUCCCUCCCGGCCAAUGAGGCAAAGCAGGCGUUUGCGGAGAAAGACUCCAAAGAAAAAGUACUCCGAUGAUGAUGAAGAGGAGGAAUCUGAGGAGAAUAGUAGAGACUCUGAAAGUGAUUUUAGUGAUGGUUUUAGUGAUGAUUUUGUAGAAACUCGGCGAAGGCGGUCAAGGAGGAACCAGAAAAGACAAAUUAACUAUAAAGAAGAUUCAGAAAGUGAUGGUUCCCAGAAGAGUUUACGACAUGGUAAAGAAAUCAGACGAGUUCACAAGCGUAGGCUUUCCAGCUCAGAGAGUGAAGAGAGCUAUAUAUCCAAGAACUCUGAAGAUGAUGAGCUAGCUAAAGAAUCAAAGCGGUCAGUUCGAAAGCGGGGUCGAAGCACAGAUGAGUAUUCAGAAGCAGAUGAGGAGGAAGAGGAAGGUAAACCAUCCCGAAAACGGCUACACCGGAUUGAGACAGACGAAGAGGAGAGUUGUGACAAUGCUCAUGGAGAUGCAGAUCAGCCUGCCCAUGACAGCCAGCCCAGGGUCCUGCCCUCAGAACAGGAGAGCACCAAAAAGCCCUAUCGGAUAGACAGUGAUGAGGAAGAGGACUUUGAAAAUGUAGGCAAGGUGGGGAGCCCUUUGGACUAUAGCUUAGUGGACUUACCUUCCACCAAUGGACAGAGUCCUGGCAAAGCCAUUGAGAACUUGAUUGGCAAGCCAACUGAGAAGCCUCAGACCCCCAAGGACAACAGCACAGCCAGUGCAAGCCUGGCCCCCAAUGGGACAAGUGGUGGGCAGGAGGCAGGGGCACCGGAAGAGGAGGAAGAUGAGCUUUUGAGAGUGACUGACCUUGUUGAUUAUGUCUGUAACAGUGAACAGUUAUAAGACUUUUUUCCAUUUUUGUGCUAAUUUAUUCCACGGUAGCUCUCACACCAGCGGGCCAGUUAUUAAAAGCUGUUUUAUUUUUCCUAGAAAACUCCACUACAGAAUGACUUUUUAGAAGAAAAAUUUCAACAGACCUUGAAGUCUUUCUGUGAAGUGACCAGUUUUGAACUUUGAAGAUAAAUAAUUGCUGUAAAUUCCUUUUGAUUUUCUUUUUCCAAGUUCAUGGUCCUUGGUAAUUUCAGUCAUGGGAAAAGAAUCUUAUUGUAACAACAAAGAUUUGUAUAUUUUUGACUUUAUAUUUCCUGAGCUCUCCUGACUUUGUGAAAAGGGUGGAUAAGAAUGCAUUCCGAAUCUGUGAGGGCCCAAAAACAGAAUUAGGGGUGGGAGAAAGCACUUGUGCUUUAGCUUUUUCAUAUUAAAUAUAUAUUAUAUUUAAACAUUCAUGGCAUAGAUGAUGAUUAACAGACUGCUUAAAAGUUCAAGUCUGUACUGUUGCAGUUUGAGAAUUGUAGAUAACAUCAUACAUAAGUCAUUUAGUAACAGCAUUCAUGAAAUCAGCUUGUUUACUAUUGGAGAUAACCACACUUAAUAAAGAAGAGAC